GUAGGUUAAGGCACUAAAAUGUCAUCAGCGUAUUAUGAACCAUGAAUGUUUAGUAAUUUUAUUUGUCAUUGGAUGGAUAAUAUAAUUGUAGUUUCUCGUAAAACAACAACAAUAUUCGAAUUAUGUUACAUUAAUCUUCUAAAUAUCUAGUAACGUUUUGUAAUUAAAAGUAGUCUUGUUAAGAAUUGUGAUUAUGGAAACAAAUGAUUCAUACGAGUGGUCAAAUCGCCAGCUGUGGUGAAACCCUUGCUUCUAUUUGACAUACAAUUAUUAUAAUUUUACAGACAAUAUAUAUGAUACAUCAAAGCUAUCAUUCGAAGGUGAUUUUGAUGAACAGGUUCAAGAAAUAAUGCAAUAUGUGAGACUAACAAAGCAUGAAGUGGAAAAUUUGCAAAUAUUAUUGGACGAUUUACACAAAACUUUUAAUGAAGUCUGGCCAGGUUGCAUAGUCAACGGUUUUGGUUCAAUAGUCUCGGGACUUGGGAUAAAAACAAGUGAUAUAGAUUGCUAUGUGCAGCUCCCGAGCUGGCUCAGUCCUCCGAAUGCAUCAUUUGUUAUGAAAGCUAAAAAUAUAUUGAGAAGGCGUCAUUGGAUAUUCCAAAAAUUAUUUGCAAUAACUAAUGCCAAAGUGCCUAUUGUUAAGUUUUAUCACGCUCCAACAGAAAGAUGUUGUGAUUUAAACUUUAGUAGCUCUGCUGGAGUGCGAAAUAGUCAGUUAAUUUCUUAUUUAUUAGAAAUAGACAAUAGAAUAUUAUACUUGUCAAUUCUUAUUAAGUACUGGUCCAAGGUACAUAAGUUGACUGGUGUUAAUUUGAUGCCAAAUUAUUGUCUGACGAUGAUGGUAAUAUUUUACUUACAGCAAAAGAACAUUUUUCCCUCAAUUAUACAUUUACAACAAAAUGUCGAUGAACAUAUUGUUGAUAACUGGAACACAGCUUUCUGUGAAGUUAAUCAUGUGAAUAAUAAUGAAGAAACAUUAUAUCAAUUGCUUGGAGGAUUUUUUGAAUACUAUAAUACUUUUAAAUAUUCUAAAUAUAUUAUAUGUCCUUUUAUGGGUAAGCCAGUGGAAAGAGAAUUUUUUUUAAAAGUUGACACUGUGCCAGCAGAGUUUUCACUUUAUAAAAUAAAUGUAGAAAAGGAUAGCCAAUGUAAACCAAUUAGACUAGACACUGUUUUGUGCGUGCAAGACCCAUUUGAGCACAACAGAAACUGUGCAGUUGCUGUGCAUCCUAAAUUAGCACAACACAUAAUGUCUCAUUUUAAUAGAGCUGCCGAUAUUUAUAAUAGCACCAAUGAAGUAAAUUUUCUAAAAACAUUAUUAUUAAGAACAGAUAACUAUCCAGCCAACAGAAACAAACCAAAGAAACCUGCAAUAUUUAAUGGAAUCAAGAAACAGUACAAACUUAAUCAGAACUUACGACAAAAUAAUAAAUAUAUCACAAAAAAUAUAUUCAAAGGGAAAAAUAAACGGAAUUACAGAUAAAUAAAACAACACAAUUUGUACAAACAAUGGAGUUGAUGGAAUCUUAUUAACUCGAUGCAUGUGUUAAUUACACCAUACAGUAGUAUUUAUUAACAGUCAUGUAUAGUUUUUUAAUUAACAAUAAGUAAUAAAUCAUGCUUUAAAAUUG